UUCGAUCACUACGAAAGCGCUUUCCCUGUUCCCAUUGUCGUAUUCAAAUCGCAUCUCUCGAGAUCUCGGCAAUGGCGGCGGGCCGGAGGAGGGUUCUGGUCACCGGCGGGGCGGGGUUCAUCGGCACGCACACUGUGCUGCAGCUCCUCAAGGAUGGUUUCGAUGUCGCCAUCAUCGAUAACUUUGAUAACUCUGUAGAAGAGGCUGUGGAUCGGGUGAGGGAGCUCGCUGGAGCGGAUCUCUCUAAGAAUCUCAAGUUCUAUCUGGGGGAUCUCAGGAAUAAGGAGGAUCUCGACAAGGUUUUUCUCUGAGAAUAAGUGAGUGAAUUUGAUGCUGUGAUGCAUUUUGCUGGGCUGAAGGCUGUUGGCGAAAGUGUUGCAAAACCUUUUCGAUACUUUGACAACAAUUUAGUUGGCUCCAUAAAUUUAUACAAGACUAUGGAAAAAUAUGGUUGUAAAAAGCUGGUUUUUUCUUCUUCUGCUACUGUUUAUGGGCAACCUGAAAAGAUUCCAUGUGUUGAAGAUUUUGAGCUGAAGGCCAUGAAUCCAUAUGGUCGGACUAAGUUGUUUCUUGAAGAGAUAGCUCGUGAUAUUCAAAACGCUGACCCUGAGUGGAGUAUAAUUUUAUUACGAUAUUUCAACCCGGUUGGAGCUCACGAAAGUGGACGGAUUGGUGAAGACCCAAAGGGAAUUCCAAAUAAUUUGAUGCCUUACAUCCAUCAAGUUGCUGUUGGCAGGUUGCCUGAGCUAAAUGUGUAUGGUCAUGACUACCCAACGAAGGAUGGCAGUGCGGUUCGUGAUUACAUCCAUGUUGUGGACUUGGCUGAUGGUCACAUUGCAGCUCUCCGAAAGCUUUUUGCCACUGAAAAUAUCGGCUGUAUUGCCUACAACUUGGGAACAGGAUGCGGUACAUCUGUGCUUGAAAUGGUUGCUGCAUUUGAGAAGGCCUCUGGCAAGAAAAUUCCGAUCAAGCUGUGCCCUAGGAGAUCUGGUGAUGCUACUGCUGUUUAUGCUUCUACUGAGAAAGCACAAAAAGAACUUGGUUGGAGGGCAAAAUAUGGAGUGGCUGAGAUGUGUAGAGAUCAGUGGAAUUGGGCAAGUAAAAAUCCCUAUGGUUAUCAAAGGAAGCCUUGAACAAUAAGUAGAUUCUUUUCAGCUAAAUGAAGUAAAUAAUUCUUCAAUUGUUUAGACAAGUCAAAAAGAAAUAAUGGGAGCAAUAGUUUAGCUCAUGUAUGUCUUCUGUUUUUCUUUAGGGUUUUUGCCAUGUAUUGGUUAAUUUGGUUCGGUUACCAUUGGUUUCAUAUGUGGGUGAAGUGGUUAAUCACAAGGCUACUAGUCUCUUAUGGACAAUCCUUACUGCAAAGCAUGUUAUUGUUAUCUAAUGCUUUUAUCUAAUUUUUAUUAUCUUUUCUAUUUA